CACUCACUGUGUUUGAGUCUUUUUUAUCUGGUCACUUCUAACACGAUAGGGAGUGUCACGUCCUAACAAGCUAUGGUCCAUGUUGGGUCAAGAGUCAACUCGGUCAGCACAAAAACCUGCCCCAAAAUCUAACUCUCACUUCUUCAACUCUUCCAUAUCACUUUAUCCAAAAACCAUGAGCAACUUCACAUAUUCAUCGCCUCUCUUCCAUGUCACCAAGAACUUCACCACACGCCAAAAUCACCAUUGCAACAGUCUCUCCGUCCCCAUAAUCCGAGCAUCUUUUCCACCUCAAGAAAAUGAUGUGAUCACCAACCGGAGAAAACUUGUAACAACAUUUCUGGCUACUUCACUAGCAGCACUAGGGCUGCAUGGCACCCCAGUUGCAGUAGCAGAGAAUUGGGGCACACGUUCAUUUCUUUGGGAACGGUUUUUCGAGCCCAGUUUGUCGCCGGCAGAUUCUGCAGCAAGAAUUAAGCAAACUGCUGAGGGGUUACAUAGUAUGAGAGACAUGUUGGAGAACAUGUCAUGGAGGUAUGUCAUGUUUUACAUUCGACUAAAGCAGGCUUAUCUUUCUCAGGAUUUGAAGAAUGCUAUGAGUACGUUGCCCCAAGGCCGAAAGGAAGUAUAUGUGAAGACAGCCAAUGAAUUGGUGGACAACAUGGUUGAGCUUGAUUAUUACGUGCGCACACCAAAAGUAUACGAAUCAUACCUGUACUACGAGAAGACAUUGAAAUCCAUAGAUGAUCUUGUGGCAAUAUUGGGGUAGUACAAAGGCAUCGGUGCCUGAUGGAGAUAUAUGAGCAAUUGGCAAGUUGCUUCCAUGUGACCACACUUGUGAUUCGCAGUAAGAUCAGGAAUGUUGAGUUUCAAUCAACACAUAUACGAUGAUCAAGAAAUGUUCAACUUUUAGUAAAUGUAUUUAUUCUUUUGCAGCUGUUGUUCAUACAAUUAUAAGAGAAAGACUGAAGCUAUAGAGUACUGAGGAUUGCUGCGCUAUUUCUUAUGAUCUGAUCUGAAAUUUAUAGAUUUUUGCAAACUAGUUUGAAAAGUAGGCAAUGUUCUAAAGAAACCCAACUGAUCAGAACAUACAACUCCAUAACAAAAUAAAAGCGUAAAACCUGCUCCUAGAAGAGCAAGAUAAAUACAGACUCAAGCCACCAAAUACAUACAGA